GUAAGUCAAAAAGGUUUGGGCGGGAAAGCGGGAGAGGGGGUUGGAAUGGAGAAGAGAAGAGAAGAGGAAAAACCCUAAAAAGAAAGAGUAAAAAAUGCCACCGAGGAAGAAACUGAAGUACUCAUCAUCAUCCUUAUCGUCACCACCGUCGUCCCAAUCGGCGUCUGCAACCAAGAAUCAACAGCCAAGCAAGUAUGGGAUAGAACAUUUCUUCCAGCGCCAGCAAUCCCAGCACAAACCGAAAGAGCUCCACCCUUCUCCUCCGAUCCAUCCUCCCGCCUCUAACCCUAAUCCUAAAAUUACAGUUGCAAUCACAAAUGGGAACCAUAAUGAUGAUAAUAAUACUAAUGAGGCAGUCCUCCCCACCACUAAUUGUUCAUCUUCACCAAUCAUCAUGCACAAUAAUCCUCCAUCCCACAUCUCACCUGAACUCCCUAAAUUCAAUAUCCAGCGCCCACAGUUCUCUCCUGGAAUGCUUAUAAAGCAGAGCCAAGAUGACGGGGCUGAUGAGAUCACCUGGAAGAUUUCUCCUGUCAAUCAAAGACUUCAAGCUCUUUCUAAGCACACCCUCCCUCCUCCUCCUCCUCCUCCACUGUCAUCCCAUUCAUUGAGCAUUCGCCCGUGCUCUUUAACCACCACGACCAAUAAGGCUUCUCUUGCUGUAGGACCCGAGCUUCAGAACCACCUUUCCUCACCACCUACUGCUGGCUUCAGGAGGCUUAACUCUUCUCAGGACCAUUCAUGCCUCACUGCUGUCAAGCCUUCAUGUGAUACGCUACAGAGUCCUUUCAGAACUCCACCCUCUUUAUCAUCUUCCCACCUCAGGCUUCCUAGUCAUGUGGAAUGCAAAAGAGUCUCAAAUCAACCAAGUUUGAGACAUCACAAAAAGGCGUUGCUUGACCUAUUAGAUCAAGUAGAAGAUGUGAUCUCCGUUGAAGAUUCACUAUCUAGCAGUGACACUACAUGUUCAUCUAAAUUUACACAUGGAAAUUGUAAUGAGAUGCCUUUCAAACUUGAUCCAGCUGUACAAAAAGAAGCACCUGCUCUGCCAGAAAGAGUCACUGGGUCAACAUCUAAUCAUACUUUUCUUGUAUUGGAGGUAUCUGAGAAGCAUAGGCCUGCUGACUCCUUUGAUGCUCCUUCCCCAUAUAAGGUUCUUCGCUUGCUGAAUGAGCAGAGUGGAGAAGAACGAUCUGUCUACCUGCGUGAGGAGUGGUAUUACAGUGCCAUAUCUCCUGGAGACACUAUAAAUGUGAUCGGCAAAUUUGAUGACCAAGGAAAAUUAGAAGUAGAUCAUGACAAUAAUCUUUUGAUUGUUCAUCCUGACAUUCUAAUCUCUGGAACUCGGGUUGCUGGAAGUUUCAGUUGUCCCAGGCGUACUGUACUGGAUGAGAGGAUAAAAUCCGACGAGCAUUCAGAUGCAGCAUUAAUUGGAACUUUGCUGCACCAAUUAUUUCAGUCUGGACUUAUGCAUGAGAGUCCUACUACGAAAUUCUUGGAAGGCUAUGCGAGAACAGUUCUUCAGAAAAAUAUCGAGAGCUUGUAUGCAUGUGGAGUUACUGAAGAUGAUAUGCUGAAGACCUUGAUUGAGGCUAUCCCAAAAAUAUUAAAUUGGAUUACCCUAUUCAAAGAUUCACAGGAUUCAGAUGACUCUGUUGUUAAUUUUGGUUCUGACGGUGGAUUGAAAAAGCUAACUAUUUCCGAGGUUGUUGAUAUUGAGGAAAUGGCAUGGGCCCCAAAGUAUGGAUUGAAAGGAAUUAUCGAUGCUUCUAUCAGAGUUAAACUAGAGCCAAAUGGAAAUAAAGCGAAUGAGAAGGUUGUGCCGCUAGAGUUUAAAACGGGGAAAGUUCCUAAUGGACAGUCAUCUACGGAACAUUGUGCUCAAGUCAUCUUGUACACACUCCUUAUGUCAGAGAGGUACCUGAAAGAUAUCGAUUAUGGUAUUUUGCUUUAUCUUCGAUCAGAUCAGACGCAGGGAGUCAUGGUACGAAGGUCCGAUGUGGUCGGGCUAAUAAUGCGUCGUAAUGAGCUUGCAAACGACAUUCUCAAGGCAUCACAAUUACAACAGCUGCCUCCAAUGCUACGUAAUCCAACCAUGUGCAGAAGUUGCCGCCAUCUUGAUAGUUGUUCCAUCUAUCAUAAGGCAUAUGGUGGAAGUACAGAAAGUAGUGGACUGGGUGAUCUUUUUGAUUCACUUGUACGCCAUUUAACUGCUGCACAAUGUGUUUUCCUUCGACAUUGGGAUCGGUUGAUCGACUUAGAAGCUAAAGAGACACAGCUUGUAAAAAAUGAAGUCUGGCGUUCAAAUCGUUUGAGGAGUGACUGCUCAACUAGUUGCCUUGCUUCUAUUGUUCUUGAUGCUUCAAAUGGGUUUUCACAUCAGAAGUCCCUUAAUGAUGAUCGUUUCAUUUAUCGUUUUGUGCGCAAAAAAUUGCCUCAUAAUAUCCUUGCAUCCAAUGGAGAUUUGUUCAAUGGUUCAUCUUCCCCGAAGAAUGAUUUUGACUGUGCGCUUAAAAUUGGAGACUAUGUGAUUCUUAGUACAGAAGCUGGUCGUCAGACUGUUGCAAGCGGAAUUAUAACAGAAAUUAGUCACUUCCAUGUUUCAGUUUCUUUCUCCAAGCGCAUAAGACUUCCAAUUAGCAGCUCUCUCUCAGAAGUGAAUGAUCUCCUUCAGGAGAUCUGGCGGAUUAAUAAGGAUGAAGUUAUGACUUCAUUUUCAGUUAUGCGGUUCAACCUUGCACAACUUUUUCGACAGAGUGAGCAGGGUUCUCAUCUUAGGAAGAUGAUUGUUGACCUUGAGGCUCCGAGAUUUGACAGUGGGUGUAUAUUCAGCCAAGAUCCAGCAAUUUCUUAUAUCUGGUCAGUAAAGAGUUUAAAUGAUGAUCAGCGACGAGCAAUUCUCAAGAUACUUACAGCUAAGGAUUAUGCACUAAUACUAGGAAUGCCUGGGACAGGCAAGACAUCUACAAUGGUUUAUGCUGUUAAAGCCCUGCUGAUGAGAGGUGCAUCUAUCUUGCUUACGUCCUACACAAACUCAGCUGUUGAUAAUUUGCUAAUCAAAUUAAAAGCUCAGGGUGUCGAUUUUCUACGGAUUGGAAGAUAUGAAGCUGUUCACAAUGAAGUUAAGGCCAACUGUUUUUCAACAAUGGGCGUGCAGAGUCUAGAAGAAAUUAGACUAAGAUUGGACCAAGUGAAAGUUGUUGCAGUAACUUGUUUGGGAGUUAAUAGCCCUUUGCUUGCAAACAAGAAAUUUGAUGUAUGUAUCAUGGAUGAAGCUGGACAGAUCACCUUGCCGAUUUCGCUUGGACCCUUGAUGUUUACAUCAAAGUUUGUUCUUGUUGGUGAUCACUAUCAACUGCCUCCACUUGUUCAGAGCACAGAAGCUCGUGAAAAUGGAAUGGGAAUAAGUUUGUUUUGCAGGCUCUCUGAAGCACAUCCUCAGGCAAUUUCAGCUUUGCAAAGCCAGUAUCGAAUGUGUCAAGGCAUUAUGGAGCUAUCGAAUGCUUUAAUAUAUGGUGAUCGAUUGCGCUGUGGAUCCUCAGAUAUAGCAAAUGCAAAACUUGAAUUUUCGAGUUUAAAACUGCAUGCGUCAUGGCUAAAAGAGGCUUUGGAUCCUAACAGACCUAUUGUAUUCAUUAACACAGAUAUGUUGGCUUCUAUUGAGGCAAAAGAUGGCAAGGCUGUGAAUAACCCAGUGGAAGCUUAUAUAAUUGGUGAGGUGACAAAGGAAUUAAUACACAGUGGUAUUGAAAGUGAAGAUAUUGGGAUCAUAACCCCAUAUAAUUCUCAGGCAAAUCUGAUCAGGAGUGCUGUUAGUGCAAUCUCCGUGGAGAUACAUACCAUUGAUAAGUACCAGGGGAGAGACAAAGACUGCAUAUUGGUGUCUUUUGUGAGGUGUAGUGAAAACCCCAGAAAAUGCAAGUCUUCACUGCUGGGAGACUGGCACAGGAUUAAUGUGGCAAUCACACGCGCUAAGAAAAAGAUGAUAAUGGUGGGAUCAUGCAAAACGCUGUCGAAUGUGCCACUGCUGAAGCUUCUGAUAGAGAAGAUUGAAGAGCAAUCAGGCAUUUUCAAUGUCUCCCCCAAUGAUAUUAACCUUCCCAAAUAUGUAAAUGGCCAUUUUUUGUAUGUUUGAUUAAUUAAUUUUUUGGGCGGAAAGUAAAUUUAAUAAAACAGUAAGAUGGUAUAACGAUAAAAAGAAAUUGAAGCUUACAGCAAAAUGAAUUAUAGAAAGGUAAAAAGGUUGGGUGUGAAA